AUGGGGUUGAGUGGAGAGUGCUAUGGUGCGUUGAAGACUGGGUUUUACAGCCAGAAAUGCGUGAGCACAAAGACUACUAGGGAAAGCUCAGGUUCGUGGACGAGAACUCGGACUGUAACAUCAUCGGUCGAUGUUGAGCACACUGUCAGAUCCGCCAUGGCUGAAGCUUUCAAUGAUGACCCUAGUAUCGUUGCUGCUCUUCUUCGUAUGCACUUCCACGAUUGCUUUGUUAAGGGUUGCGAUGCUUCGAUUCUACUAGAUAGAAAUGGAGAUGGGGGAGACACAGAGAAAAAAGCAGGUGCAAAUCUAAGUGUGAGGGGUUAUGAAGUUAUAGAUGAUAUCAAGAGCAUUUUGGAGACUAAGUGUCCUCGAGUUGUCUCUUGUGCUGACAUCAUCACCAUGGCUACCAGAGAUGCUGUUUUCUUCUCCAGUGGAGGUGAAAUAGAGUAUGGUGUAGAAACAGGAAGAUUGGAUGGAAAAGAAUCUAGGGCAUCCAAUGUUAUUCUACCGUCUCCUACAGUCUCAGUAUCAGACUCUAUUAAGGCCUUUAAGCAAAAAGGACUUGGUGUUAAUGACAUGGUUUAUCUUCUUGGUGGUCACACAGUGGGAGUGGCACAAUGCGGCUUCUUCGAAGAUCGUCUAUACAACUUCAAAGGCAGCAGUAGGCCUGACCCAACCAUGGACCCAUCCUUGGUAAGAAAACUGAGGUUCCAAUGCCCUCGAGGCUCCCUUAGCAGUGCUUUCCUGGACCAAACUCCAGGGAGUUCCAUGGUUAUGGACGAGUCAUUCUACAACCAGAUUAUGAUGAACAGAGGUGUUCUUGAGAUUGACCAGAAGUUAGCCAACGAUGGUCAGACCAGGAAUAUUGUGUCUGCCCUAGCCACGGGGUUGGUGGACUUUCGCCACAAAUUUGGGGAGGCCAUGGUCAAGAUGGGACGAAUUGGAGUCAUCACUGAUGCUACUAAGGGUGAGAUUAGAAGAUCUUGUCGAGCAACAAAUUAA